UAAUUCAGAGCAGUUUGCAUAAAGCCUAAAUGUUAAAAAGCAUUUUCCUUUGUGAACUGUUCAACCUAAAAUUGUAAGUUCAUAUGUGUAUUAUACUUGGGAAUCUUAAGUCUGAAUGCCUAGCUGUAACAGAAUAUUAUAGAACUAAUUUCGUUACAGAUUCAGUAUUUUCAAUGACCACUCACUCCAGUUGGUCAAGCCAGAGUCAUCAGUCACAAGUGAGAAUAAACUGGACUGAAUGUCAAGUCCGCCUGCUCAUUACUCUGCGGCAGCAGUAUGAGCAUUUGUUUACUAGCAGCAUCGUCACCCAGAAGCAGGCUUGGAAGAAAGUAGCCGACGAAAUGACUGAGAAAGGUUACUGCUACUCUGGGGAUGAAUGCCAGAGGAAAUUCGGUUCCUUGAGGCUAAGAUACAAAACAAUAAAGGACCGUAAUAACAAGACUGGCAGGGGCAGGUCAACAUGGAAAUUCUUCAGUCUCAUGGAUGAGAUGUAUGCUGGGGAUCCAGCAGUUGAACCCCUUGCUGAAGUCAGUAGCCUUCAGAAUCCGAAAAAUCUAACCAGGGCCCCAAAUAGUCCAGAGAGGGAAAGAAGCGACUGUGUAAUGCGUUAUGAUUCUCCUAAUACAUCCAACAGCAAGAAGGCCCCUGCCAAGACAACACCUAAAACUCCUGUAUCUAAGAGAGGCACAGCCUCACUGGCGGAUCUAUCGGAAAUGAGAGAACAACAGAAGAAACAGCAUGAAGAGAGAAUGGAGUUGGAGAAGAAAAGAUUAGCAAUUGAGGAAAAAAGACUGGAAACUCUUCAGAAAUUAGUAGAUGCUAUAGUAAAUUCCAAGAAAGUAAAUUAUAUAUUUAUAUACUUAUCCUAUCUCACGACUUGCACCUCUCUCUCUCUUUGCUCCAGGCCGACCUUGUCCCUGUACCCGUGCUGUGCAUGCCUUCCUGCCUUAGCUGUGCGGUGUCUUUUUGUCAGAGUGAUUUUUGUGGUCGGUCUCCUUCACCUCAGGUGAAUCAGGAUAUCCCGUCUAGUCAGUCUAGAGCUAGUGAGCACAAUAUUGGGACAAUAUUCAACACGACAGGUCAUGAUGUUUGUGCCCCAAGAGAGUUGGGACAAGAUUCAGUGAAGUGCACGACUCUUUUGUCCUUUUAUGGCUCCAAGAUCGAGAAUGAGUAUGUAAGGUGAUCAUGUGGGUGAGGACUGCACAUGCAACGUGCUGCCACGGCCUAGUGAGCAUGGCGAAGGCAGGAAGGCAUGCACAGCACGGGGACAGGGG